UAUUUAAUUUUACGUACAAGCGUCAUUGUUCGCUGAUCAUCCAGCCGUUGAUGAUCUGCUCGUGUUGUUUUAAUUAUUAAAAAUUUAUUGUUCGUCUUGCACGAUGUUUCGUCUAUUUUUCUGGACGACUUUUUGCCUUGGCUUGAUUAAUGCCGAAUUAUUGAGGAUUCCAUUGUACAGAGCACAAAGUGCUAGAAGAAAGCUUCAAGAAGUUGGAACUGAGCUUCAACAAGUAAGACUUCGUUAUGGAUCUGAUCCAAUUCCAGAACCUCUUUCUAAUUACCUAGAUGCUCAAUAUUAUGGGGAAAUAACCAUUGGUACACCUCCUCAAAAAUUUACUGUGGUUUUUGAUACUGGUUCUUCUAAUCUUUGGGUGCCAUCUAAAAAAUGUCACUUGACCAAUAUUGCUUGCCUUCUUCACAACAAGUAUAAUAGUCAGAAAUCUAGCUCAUACAAAGCCAAUGGCACUGAAUUUGCCAUUAGAUAUGGUUCAGGAAGUCUUUCUGGAUUUUUAUCAACUGAUGCUGUUGGGAUUGCAGGUGUUAAAGUGCCUGACGUAACAUUUGCUGAAGCAAUGAGUGAACCAGGAUUAGCUUUUGUAGCAGCUAAAUUUGAUGGUAUAUUAGGAAUGGCUUAUAGCAGGAUUGCAGUUGAUGGAGUGACACCAGUAUUUGAUCGUAUGGUAGAGCAAGGAUUGGUCCCUCAAGCUGUUUUCAGUUUCUACUUAUCUAGAGACCCAACUGCAAAGAUAGGUGGGGAAAUGAUUUUGGGUGGUUCAGAUCCCGAUCAUUAUGAAGGAGAAUUUACAUAUGUUCCUGUUACUCGUAAAGCUUAUUGGCAAUUCAAAAUGGACCAAAUUAAAGUUGGCGAUCAAGUAUUCUGUGAAAAUGGAUGUGAAGCCAUCGCUGACACUGGAACUUCACUCAUAGCGGGUCCAGUAGCAGAAAUUGAAGGAAUCAAUAAGAAAAUAGGAGCCACACCAAUUAUGGCUGGAGAAGCUAUGGUGAGUUGUGAUGCCAUACCCCACUUGCCUGUCAUCGAUUUUAAAUUUGCUGGCAAAGAUUUUUCGUUGAAAGGAGAAGAUUAUGUUUUGAAGGUUUCACAAUUUGGAAAGACUAUCUGUCUGAGUGGUUUUAUGGGUAUUGAUAUCCCUAAACCCAAUGGUCCUCUGUGGAUUCUUGGAGAUGUCUUUAUUGGUAAAUUCUACACUGAAUUUGAUAUGGUCAAUGAUCGCAUUGGAUUUGCUUUUGCCAAAUAAACUUCAUCAAUGAUGUAUACCGAUUUUGAAAAUCUACUAACACAUCAUACAAUAGUGGCCUUAUAUUUCAACGAGUCAAGAACAAAGUUUCAUUUCAUAAAAAAGUUACUUGAUUAAACUUGGAAGAUUAUUUUCCUCAUUAAAACUGUGAUUUUUGUAAUGUUUAAUGUAUAAAUAAAAAUGUUUUUUUUUCAAAAAUAAA